AUGUCAAAGAAUAUUCUUGUUUUCGGAGGUAGCGGAGCAUUGGGAGCUGAGAUCGUCAACUUCUUCACGACUAAGGGAUGGUCCACCGUCGCCAUCGACUUCCGUGCCAACACUGUUGCCAACAAGUCCAUCGUCAUCACCAACUCUGGUGAGACCGAGAUGGUUAGAGUAGCCACUGAGCUCAAUGCCACCAAGUUUGACAGCAUUAUCUGUGCUGCUGGAGGCUGGACCGGAGGUAGCAUUACCUCGGAGGACUACUUCAAGAGUGUCCAGAAGAUGCUCGAUAUGAACCUUAGCUCAGCUAUUGGAACUGCCUACCUCUCUGGCAAGUUGCUCAGCCCAGGUGGUCUUGUCGUCUUUACCGGCGCCAACUCUGCCCUGGUCCCAACACCAGGAAUGAUCGGAUACGGUGUCUCCAAGGUUGCUACUCACCAGAUCGUCAAGUCACUCGCUCAAGCCGACUCUGGAUUGCCAGCCAACUCAUUGUCCAUUGGAAUCCUUCCAGUCAUCCUGGACACUCCAUCAAACAGAGCUGGUAUGCCAGAUUCAAACUUUGACAACUGGACUCCAGUUAGCGAUGUUGCCUCCAAGUUGUUCGAGUGGUCCUCAGACAGCACCACCAGACCAGCCAACGGAUCGCUCGUCACCAUCGAGACCAAGAACAAGGCCACCACCUUCACCCUGGUCUAA